UCACGCGUGCCACCAAUAAUUUGGAUGGGAGUUCACCACAAGAUAUGAUUGAUGAAUCCUUCAUAGUUCCAUUCCAGUCAAUGUCACUAGAUCAUGUUGGAACUAACGUUAGAACUGCUAUUGACAUGGAUUCUGAGCUUCCUUCAACAAUGCAGAGGUCAGAAUAUAGUUCUAAUAGGACUGGAAACCAAAUUAACUAUGAGCCAGAUGAUUUGAGCUUCAUGCCUGAAUGCGGGACAGAAAAAAUGACUACUGGAUAUGACCCUGCUUUGGACUAUGAAAUGCAGGCUCAUGUUGAAGAUGCUGCUUCACUGGAUAACAGAAAUAAGGAAGUUGAAGAAGAUGUCAAGCAAGGGUCCAAGAAGUCAGACAAGGAUCGGAAGUCAAAAGUUGAAGAUGCUUUAGAUAAGAAGACUGUGGGACCAAUAAGAAAAGGGAAAACUUCAAAAAUGCGUCCUUUGGAAGAUGCACGAGCUCGUGCUGAAAAACUAAGAGCUUUCAAAGCUGAUAUCCAGAAAAUGAAGAAAAACAAGGAAGAGGAAUAUCGCAAGCGACUGGAAACUUUGAAGAUGGAGAGGGAAAAGAGAAUUGCAGCAAGAACUGCUCAGUUGGCAUCCUCACAGAAAACCCGAAAACAAUUGCCAACAAAACUUGCGCUAAGCUCUGUCAAAGGAACAAACGACGACCAACACAAACCAGUAAUUGAUAAGACAGUUUUUAUUGUACAUUCAAAUCCACUUUUCCUUUGCCAAAAUUGUUUUAUACUGCAUUGAAUCUUGUCUCAUAGUUAACUAAGCAUGUGAAACUAUGAACUCUUGUAGUUAUAUUUAAGUAGCAAACAAAAAUCAGACAUUGAAAUGGUUAGUGUACAGAGCAUCUAAGAGUACAUCACUAGAUGUCUAUCAGAAACCUAAACAUGCGCUAAUUUCUGCUAA